AUGGACACCAGCAAGUCUUGCAAGAUAUGUGAGCGGUCUCUACCGCUGACCUCCUUUCAGCACUCCCGCUGUCCUCAGAAAGUUACCGAUAACUGCCUCGACUGCCGACAGCGCCGCCGCUGCGGACCGACCUCGCCCACGCCGGUCGAACAGCCAGUGGCACCGUCAUUGGAUUUUGUCACCUCGGCCGCUCUCGACAGCCGUCUUACGGCCCUUUUCGAGCAAGUCCAGAGCCUCCUCCAAGAACGUCUUUCGUCCCCGCAGGUUUCCACGUUGCAAACCGCCGCUUCUACCGUCCUCACGCCGGUCGUCGCUCCUCCACAGCCUGUUGCUGCUGACUUAGUAUUGCCGGCACCCCUCCCCGCUUGUUCAGAUGCGUAUCAGCACCCUUUUUCUUGGCUCGCGAGCGAUCUCGUGGCCAAGGUCCACAACGACACUCUCUCGAUUUACGAGUUGCCUCGUCUCGGCGACCCAUCCUGGCCUACCGCCCUCCCCGACGAGAUGCCUUCGUUACUUGUUGCUGGGGUCUCUGCUAUUCCUCAGCAGACACCAGUGUCCGCCAGCAACCAGGAAUUCUUGAAAGAUGUUCCCAGUGUGGCCACCUUUGGCCGUCUCUGGUUUAUUUACUCUUCUCUUCGCGCUUCUUCUUCUCCAGAUCGCAACCUCAUUUCUGGUCUUGGUGCCUUUUAUCUGCACAUCUCAGAACUCGCCGAAGCAUUCCCCUGGCCAAAAGUCGUGGAUUACCUAAUUGCAGCCUGCAGUGAACGUCUCGGCAAAUUACCUUCGCAAAAAUGGUCGCAUCUCGACUACGCCCUCCGUACCCGUCACUUUCAAGAGUUGAGUCGCAAUGUCAAAUCCUCUCGUUGCGGUGCUGCGAAGCGAUCCGCCCCAAAUGAUGAUGACGUCCGACGUCCAGACUUGUAUCAAGCCGUCGCCACCACUCAUCAAACACCUCUGGACCGACGCUUGCCCAUUGGAGUUUUUGCCGCUGAAGUGCCUAGUCGCCAUCGCACUAAGGAUAUUCAUUUUCUCGAAGCUCUCGCGGUCCUCGAGGCUCUUCGGUUUUUCAGUCCACGCUGGCAAGGCCCUCGUCUCGUCAUCAUUCAUGUUGACAAUACCAAUGCGGAACGUGGCAUACGUUCUGGCAGCUCUCGCGAUCCCUUGACCCAGGCUCUCUUGCGCGAGAUUUUUGGCUUUUGUUUUCACCACCAAAUCACCCUAUGCCCAGUUCGCGUUGCAUCCGUCGACAAUCAGCUUGCUGAUUUCCUUUCUCGUCGUCGUUUCCGAACCAUUCUGCAGCGCUUUCCAUGUGCCUACAACCAACUCUUUCCCGACGUCAAUUCGGCUAAGCCCCACCCGAAGACUAUCUCGGUGCGGCUGAGUGCUCCAGCGUUGUCUCCGCCUUCAUCUAGCGGGGUCUUGCCGAGUCCAGCUUCUACCACACCUAACCCGACCCCAACAGGCUUCGCUUCUUCGGCCAUCUGA